AUGUCAAAGAUCUUGGUUCCCCCAUACAGAAGGAUAAUAGCCGAAGAGGCAAGAUCCCAUGAAGCUAAUCUACACGUACUCAUUGCAGAAAUGCUUAGAACUUUUUCUUACCUUCUCGAGCACUAUACGCCAAGAUGCGAGAGUCUGCCGAAGAUGUGGCUUGGAUUAGGCGCGUAUGUUUACAAGUGGAUUGCCUCGCCAACGCAAGGACUAUGGAUGGCCAUAACACUUUGUGCACUGGGAUCUGCUCCUACAUAUUAUGGAUUCUUUACCACUGCAAGUUUUUUGCAAAAUUAUGCGGAUUCUACACGAUUGCAUUACACACAAGCAAGACGACGUAGGAGGAAGUGCAAGUAUGUACAAGAUGCUUUGGCACGGCGGAAAUUGUUUCCAAGCGGAAGCGUGAUUACCACGAAACACACAGGAUCUCGGAGUGUUGUGACAGAAACCCCUCUGUCGACAAGUGUUCCAACGAGUUCAGUAACGAGGAAGAGCAUCAGGAAUGAAAGCUUCAGAAAAGUCAAGCAGAAAAAUCCAUCGAAAAGUCAUAGUACUUCGCGAGAGAUCAUAAAAGAAGAAAAGAGAAGUACGAUGACUCCAGGCAGUCGUAGUUCAAGACAAGAACCAACAGGCAAGAGUGCGCCACGAGAAAAUUCGCCGUUCGGUACUCCGCUGCACCUUCUUCAAAGCCAGCAAGUAAAAAUGUAUCUCAAGGAGGAUUGA